AUGUCAGACACAUCAGAACCUUUUUAUGUAGCUAGACACGGGUCAUUGCCUACACCCGAAUCUGGAGAAAGUUGUUCAUCCCGUCCAGAGUUGAAAACGAACAAUGCUGAGGGGAUAACAUCGGCAUUCAAUGACUCUGAGAUGGUUUUAAGCCAUCAGGAGUGCAGUGAGAAACAAUUGGAAUUGACAGUGGAUGAUGCAAUACCCUUUGAGAAAACUGCUUCAAGCUUUUCGCCAAUUAAAGGGAAGUCUCAAUCCAAACAUUUGUUGUCACAUCUGAAAUUGACCAAAAUGCCUAAAAUCCAGGAAACUGUACCCGAAUCAUUCCAUACAGUUGACCUGACAUUGAAACCAUUCAUCAGAUCUGUUAAACCAGAAAUAGCAAAUCAUGAUUUGAGUCCAACACAAAUUUCUGGUAGUAAAAUUAAAAACUCAUCAGUAGUAUAUAGUGAGCAUUUCGAUCCCCUUGAUCCACAUUCCACUGAGGUGGAUCCCGGGAAGAGGAAACCAUUAAGGGAUAUGCAUGGUUGCAAACAUGCAAAUUUAGCUUUUGGGAAAACUAUAUCCUUGUAUGGGGCAGUAGAAAAGGCUUCUGUUCAACAACGGGUGUUAACCUUGCAAGCCUCCCCAGAUGAAAAACCAGACAGUGGCUACCAUUCACAAGAACUUGUAAGGCCAAAGUAUGAAUUGAAAUACAGGCCAAAGUCUACCGUGUCCCAUUCAUUAGUCAUUGAAACUAACAAUAUGACUAGUAUGUUCUCUGAUAUCAGCCAGAGUGAACAUUACAAAUCCCAUACUCCUCAAUUACCAGAUUUAGAACAUUCUUACAUGUGUAAUGAAUCCAAUGUAUCUGGUGAAACUCAUCCCUUAGAAGGUGAUGGUUAUUUCAGUGCUAGUAAGCAUGAACAGAACAUAUCCAAAAGUCCUAAAGAUACUUGGUAUUACACAGAAUGUCCAGACAAAGCCAUGGGGAUCUUUUCUGAAAGAAUGAAUGCCAAGGCAGUGGAUAGAGGACGUCCAAUUACCAGACAAACUAGAGCCCGUCCUCAAUUUUCCUUGUUCCCAAAGAGAGUAUAUUCAGGUAGUAACCCUGUGUCCCAGCGGGUUCAGUUAUCGAGCAACUCUCUUCUGGAUGACCCAUCUGUUGUUGAUGCAGAUGUUGACAGCUGUGACAGCUCUGACUAUGCAACAGCUGGUGAAUUAUUAGAACCUGGCAAGUGUAAAAUGAAAUCCAAUUCUCUUCAUUUCCCCAGGAAGGUAAAGCAAUUUUCUGCUUUGCCUAGAUUGCCAAAUUCAGACUCUUCUGAUGAAGACUUACUGACAAGGUAUGGCAAUAAGCCUACCCAAACCAAAUUGAGUCAGAGAGAAGUAUAUCCUUGUAUCUCAGAGGCUGUAAUUACUAAGUUAGUUCAGCAACAGAUGAUGAUACUUGGUCAAAAUCUGACAAAGGUUAUAAAAAAGACCCUGAAAAGGAAUUCCAAUUCCAAGCCAAAGUCAAAGCGAUAUGCGUCAUAUUGCCAAAUAUGUGAAACAAGAAGCCAUUCCAUCUUUGACUGUGCCCAAAGACACCCCAACUCUAGGGUUACUGGUGUCAGAGCUUGUUUUAAAUGUGGAAAUGACCAUCGUAUAACUGAUUGUCCUUCUCUAAAAGAAGGACCAGAUCAGUUCGAACACUAAAUCAUGAUAGUGUUAGUGUGUGUCUAGAAUCAGGCCAGAAAUAUGCACCUCAUUUACCAUAGUACUAAAGAGUGGCCUUUAUAACCAUGCUACCUUAAUUUUCCAUGUUUCUGAUGUUGAUGUAAAACUAUUAUCCAAUCAGAAGAUUUAUACUUAGGUAUG